CAACAUGUAAUCCACCACUUUUGUUCGUCAAGAGACCUCUUUUUUAAUUGGAUUCACUAUGGUACCAAUUAUCCUACUUUCAUUAGUUAGUUUAACAUGGGCUGCUCCGGACCUGCUUCUGGAUGCUGAUCAACUUUUGGAGCCAAAACUACAACGAAAAAGUGAAAUAUCUGACAGUGACUAUCGUUUAUCUGCAACAACAGUGCCGUCCAAAUAUGAUCUACUUUUGAAUAUCCCAAGAGAAUGUCUUGAAGGAAAAAGUAAAACUUUCAGUGGGCUCGUCAAAAUAGUAUUUUCCGUUUCUGAAUCAAAAGAAAGCAUUUUGAUACAUUCUUUAGUCAAAAUUAUGAACAUUACAGCAAUUGAGUUAGAAAGUAGCCAAAUUUUAGAUGUUGUAGGACAUGAUGUCUGUUUUAAUAAAACGCAAAUGGUGGAGAUAAAAUUUGCAAGGAACCUAAAUGUCGGUGUUGCCUACAAAUUACAAAUACACUUUACUGGUCAAUUGAAUGCAUCAUUUGGAAUCUUUAGAAAUAAAUAUUUAGAUGACGGAGUUACCGAGUAUCUUGUUGCAACACAAUUUCAGACACAUUAUGCUAGAUCCGCGUUUCCUUGUUUUGAUGAACCCCAAUAUAAGGCUAUUUUUAGAUUAACCCUUAUCUAUCCAUCUGAUUUCCAUGCUACUGCUAACACUCCUAUUGAAGAUUCACAAUAUAAUAAUGAAACUAAUACGGCUACAACUAGCUUUGAGGACUCACCUGUAAUGUCCACUUAUUUACUGGCGUUUACGAUAUCAAAAUUUAACUGUUCCACUGCCACGAGCAAUGGCAUUACACAUGAAGUCUGUUCAAGACGAGAUACGGCUUCUCAAAGAGAUUUCGCGUUAGAAUACGGAGUUAAAAUAUUAAACGUUUUGGGAACAUGGACCCAACUUCCGUAUGAUACACUGGGUAUUAAAAAAAUUAGCCAAUAUGGUCUUAUAUCUUUCCCAUAUGGGGGAAUGGAAAAUUGGGGACUUGUAACAUACCCGGAAUCGAUUAUUCUAUCUAGCCUAAAUGAUAUCAAAAACAAAGUCAACCAGGGAAUGCUCAGGCUGAUAGCUCAUGAAUUUUCUCAUAUGUGGUUUGGAAAUUACGCAACAACAAAAUGGUGGGAUACUUUGUUCUUAAACGAAGGUUUCGCUACUUAUUUCGAAUAUUUUAUUUUAAAUGAGAUUCCAGAACUUACAGAACUUGAAAUGAACAAAGAGUUUAUUGUUGAAGCUCAAUUUCCUUCCUUAGAGAAUGAUGGAUAUCCAUCUUCUAAAGCACUAACCUCUAGAAUAAUAAUUCCCACUGAGAUAUUUAAAAAACUUACUAUAAUUUAUAACAAAGGUGCAAGCAUAAUAAGAAUGAUUGAAAAUACGGUAGGAUUCGAUAAAUUUAAACACGCUGUACAAAAUUAUUUGGUACAACGGGCUUACAAUUGGUCAACCCCUGAAAUACUUUGGUCGUUAUUUAGUAACGAAUUUCCUGGUGGACAAUUAACACCUGACGUAAAAUUUGUGGAUUUUGUUGAUAACUGGGCUAACCGACCUGGAUAUCCUCUUGUAAAUGUGUCAGUUGUUGGAAGCAAUAUUUUAUUAACACAGCAAAGAUUUUUAUACAGAGGGCAAGAUGAAUAUAAUACUAAAUGGUAUAUCCCCGUUGUUUAUACUGUAUUUAAUGAAACAUAUCAAUAUACCUCUACAAUUUGGUUGAAACCUGGAAGUGAAGGUGUCACUAUUAAGAAUGUAGUGAAUGACAAUACAUUGGUUAUCUUAAAUCCAGAUUCUUUGGGUUACUACCGAGUCAACUACGAUAAACUUCUGCGAGACAAAAUAACAGCACAACUUGAAAAAGAACACACAAAAAUAUCUGACCUAACUAGAGCUAAAAUAAUCAACGACGCGGCUGCCUUAGUUAAAGCUGGCUUUAUAAACUCUUCUGAUGCAUUAGAAUUUUUGAAUUAUAUGAAGAAUGAAGAUUCCUUUUAUCCUUGGAAAACAGCUCUGAAAUCACUAAGUUCCAACAAACAAGCAAAAGAAUUGUUAUUAAAAAAUGUCGAACAUUUAGCUGCUCGCAUGUCCAGUACAAAUUUGAAUGAGAUUGAUCAUGUAACAUUCAGGAAACUAUCUACUAUCUGUAAUUUUGCUUGUAGCAAUAGGAUUAAACAAUGUAGUAAUGGAAUUAAAAGAAUGUGCAAGGAGUUAAGAGAUAAUAAUAUCAGUGUUUCAAAUGAAAAGAACUUUUUAGAAACUAUGGAUUCCGAAUUUACUGAAGAUGCACAUUUUUAUAAAUUUCAGAAAUUUGGAAGUAAAUGGGAUUCUAUGUUGAAAUAUCAGCCUAAUCAGCUCUAUCUUCAGUAGAAAAACUUAAGGAACUUCUUCUUGUAAAAAUUCUGUUUAAAAUUAAUAAAAUAUAAAAAUAUUACAGAAAA